CUUCAAUCAUUGAAGACCCUGCAGCUGGGUGAGUGAAGAUCCUGACAAUAUACACAGUUCAGCCAUGCAUGGCCAUGGAGCAGCCACACACACACACACGGUCCAUCCAUCCAUCCAUCGAUCCAUCCAUCCUCGGCUAUGUGCACACACAUACACAUACACCCAGACACACAGAGGUGUCCGUCCGUCCGUCCGUCCGUCCGACCCCCCACCCGUGACAACAGUGUUCAUCCUGCCUACACGUUCGAGCCUGCCUACGCCGGCCGCCCCGCCAGGCCAGUCAGUGCUGUUUCUUCUCCCUCUUCGCCGGCGGCUCGUCGUCCUCCCUCCCCUCCCUCUGGUACUCGGGCAUGCCACUCAAAUGGUGAUGCGCCCACAGCGCCUCCUCAACACGCAACGCCGUCCACUCACACCCAUCACCAUCACUGUCAACCCCGUUGCUGUCAGGUUUUGAUGUGGCCGCCUCAGCACGCAGCGCCGCGACCUUCUCGAGUAUCCUGCCUACAUCAACGAAGGAUGAAAGAAACCAGACAGACACCUGGCUGCGUCCAUCAAUCCACUCAUGUGUGUCAGCAACAGUCGCUCGCUUACUCACUGACUUACUCAUGAAUUUCUGGAACGUCUUGAUGUCGUAUUUGACAGCGAGACCCGGCACCCCCUGCACGGCCUCGUCCGACGUGAACGGCACUAUGUCGGGUCGAACUACAGCUGACGAUCGACACCACAACGACCAACACACGAAUUGACUGACCGAUAUUCAGCCAGCCAGCCCCUCCGUGCCAUGUGUGUACCUGCAAUGGCGCUUGCAGUUGCCGGGCCGACUCCCUUGAGCGACGUGAGGGUCUGCAUGGCGUCAACUGACAGCCGCGUCGUCUGCGCCGCCUCGCCGCCCUCCUCUAUCGCCCGCAGCUGCACAAACGCACGUUCAGUGGUCCUCUGCACGAGGAAGGCCCCGUUCGACGCCGCCAGCUUGCUCAGGUUGGGGCGGAAUUUGCCCCUCGUGACCUUCCACUCAACCAGACGGACAAGCUCGUCACCGGCUGCAGGCAGACAGUCACACGCAUAGGCACGCACCCGUGAUCCAGUCUGAGUGUAAGUGUGUGCGGGUCUUGCAAUGUGAGCGGCCUCACUCAUGUGCGGUGGGUCUCUGUCCUUGACAGAUGGGAUGAGCUCAUCGCGAUACCUGCGGCCACUCACGUCAAGUCAACAAACACAUCAGACAGAUGAUAUGCAACGAGUGGCCUUUUCCUGCCUCACCAUACCAGCUGUCGAGCGCCUUGGCCUUGCCCUGCUUGCAACCAAUUUGCAUCAUCCAUCAUGGGUUCCGGCAUGCAUAUCAAAAGGAUGAAUCAAAGUGAUCAAAGGCCUGCAGCCGAAGAGCACUGUCUGUCAUGGCCUGGUCUCACCUGCUUGUAAGCGUCUAUUGCGGCGCCGUACAGGUGCUUCCAGUGGCGCCACUCGGCCUCAUCUGAGUCCCACAGGGACCUUCCUCCGUCAGCAGCCGCCUUGCUAGCAGCCGUUCUCUUCGGAGCCAUCCCCUCAGCUCCCUACAGGACCAUCAUCGAAGACAUUUCCUUUCCGCCUCGACGCAUGCUGCCCGCCUGCAUGCAAGGUCACAAAGGAGCAAGAUCAAUGGGAGAUUCAUCGAUCCUUUGGUCAAAGUGCAGCUGCAUUCCUCCGUGCCUACCGAAAGGAUCUAUUGCCGUUCCCUCUCCC